GGCUGUGGUGCAACAUUUCCUCCAUGUGACACAGCAUUGCAGAAAGAAAAGAAAGACAUUCGGYAAAAACACUUCGUAAGAUAACAUAGCCCUAAAAUCKUACAUUACUUWCAAAGAYUAACUAUCGAAAAUGGCUGUGAGAGCUCAGUUUGAAAACAGCAAUGAAAUCGGAGUAUUUUCAAUGCUMACAAACACGUACUGCCUCGUUGGAGUUGGAGCUKCUGAAAACUUUUACAGUGUCUUUGAAGGCGAGUUAUCUGACAUUAUUCCAGUUAUUCACACAUCAGUUGCUGGUUUGAGGAUYAUUGGACGUCUAAGUGUAGGUAAUCGACAUGGACUUCUACUUCCAAAUACCACUACAGAUCAGGAACUUCAACACAUCAGAAAUAGUCUGCCAGAAGCAGUUAAAAUUCAAAGAGUCGAAGAACGUCUUUCUGCACUUGGAAAUGUKGUGGCUUGUAAUGACUAUGUAGCUCUUGUUCAUCCAGACUUGGACAGAGAAACGGAAGAAAUUCUUGUUGAUACYCUAAAAGUGGAAGUCUUUCGACAAACUAUAGCUUCAAAUACCCUUGUUGGUACCUACUGCUCUCUUAGCAAUCAAGGAGGACUGGUCCAUCCAAAAACCACCAUAUCAGACCAAGAUGAAUUAUCGUCAUUGCUACAAAUACCAAUUGUGGCUGGUACAGUGAACAGAGGUAGUGAUGUCAUCGGAGGAGGUCUUGUGGUCAACGAUUGGAGUGCAUUUUGUGGUUUGGACACAACCAGCACWGAACUGUCAGUUAUAGAAAGUGUAUUCAAAAUUGGGGACGCACAGACAUCUGCYAUUACUACCACUAUGAGAGCAAGCUUAGUGGAAAGUAUGACAUAACAAGACUCACAAGAUGAGCAGCUGAAAUAUACAGUAUAUUAUCUUAACGUUAUUAAAUUUCAAAAUGUGCAUAAUUUCCUACUGGUUCAAAACUGACCAUGGAUAGUACAUGUACAGUGUUCACAAGCAUAGAUGUACAAUGAGAAUUUGCCAUCUCAUUCCUGGUAUUGUGAAAAGACACAAGUUCCAUUUUACUGAUGCUGCUGAACAUGAGCUUUCCUUUAUUACUGAUACAUUCAUGUAUCGAUCUUCAAAAUAAUAUUCCUAUUAUGGAGUUAUGAAUCACAUUUUAGGGGUAUCRAAUGGUMAAAUCCAAGCCUUGCCGAGCCUUCGAGCCCCUUGUUUAAAAUCCGAGCCUGAGCGUUUGCCUGAGCGAGUCCGAUAUUUUGGCAAUUGCAAGCAUUUGAGCCAAAAGCGAUUUUAAAUCUGAGCCCCUUCCUUUUAAGCGCCGAGCUUGCGAGCCUUGGAAAAUUUUUGGAGAGCCUUGCGAUUUCGAUACACUAUUCUAUACCUCUCAUUUUAGAAGUAUCAAACAUGUUUUUUUCUAAGAUUGUUUAUAUCUACUGAUACAGCUGUACAUGAACAAGACAUGUUGAGCAAUAAAUACUGAUUACAAUGUAUAA